AUGUCUUACUGGACAGAAACUACUCACGUUGGGCUGGCUAGACUCAUUACAGACAUCGUGCCUGACAACAUAACGGAGUACAGAGAAUCAAUUAUUGCUGGUACACUCUUUUACAUGGAUCCAGAGUAUCAGAGAACUAGCACAAUUAGACCCAAAUCGGAUUUAUACGCAUUUGGGGUCAUUAUCCUCCAACUAUUGACAGCACGGCAUCCAAAUAGGCUUAUAUACAUUGUGGAAAAUGCAAUUGCAAAUGGUUCUUUUGCCGACUUUUUAGAUGAGUCAGUCACAGAUUGGCCACUAGAAGAAACAGAGGUGUUGGCUCAACUUGCAUUAAGGUGUUCAAAGCUUAGAUGCAGGGAUAGACCGGAUCUUGAAACUGAAGUUCUGCCAGUUCUCAAAAGACUCGUUGAUAUUGCAGAUCCUAGUUCUAAGAUUGAGAGAAACCAUAUUGAUGCACCAAGCCACUACUAUUGUCCAAUACUUCAGGAAAUUAUGGACGACCCACACAUUUCUGCCGAUGGCUUUACUUAUGAGUACAGAGCAAUCAAAGCAUGGCUUGACAAACACAAUGUAUCCCCAGUGACAAGGCUUAGACUUCAGCAUUCAGAGUUGACUCCUAACCAUACAUUGCGUUCAGCUAUACAAGAAUGGAGGUCACGUGUGACAUACUCUACUGCCAAAGUGGAUAGACGAGUGGAUUAUGCACCAGUUCUUGCAAGCUCUCCAAAGCAGAAACUACAUAUCAGGAGUAAAUUUGUCUUAUAUUUUUAACUUGGAUGCUCAGAUGAAAAUGAGCAUUCAAAGUUCGUAUUCAUCACAGAUCAAAAGAAGUAUAUAUUAGAAUCAGGGUUCAGCUUACGAACAAUUCUCGGAUGUAAUUAUUGUAAACACAGAAAGGAAGGAACUGCUCCAUAGAACAAUGUUUCCACAUAAUGCAGCUAUGUAUAAUGCCUAUUCAAGAAUUGUGACUUUACCAUGUAUGCACUAUAUUCCGAUCAUCAUUCUCAACUGACCGUCCGGGAAGUCUAUAAGCCCCCAUUGGUGCACAUUAUUUACUCGCUUAGUAUAGCUGAGUACAUCAUUAGCCUAUAUUAUAGUUGUCAUUCAAAUGCUUAAUUAUCUGUACAAAUUCUAUAAUCUCUAUCAUUGCCUGAACAUAAUGGAACCCCUGAAGGCAUUAUCAAUAUCACAACGUAACACUACCGGUGCUUCAACAUGUCAGCCAUCAGAACUGUGCAAAUUCCAGAGCAUUUUCAUC